CCUUCCCAGUCCCGUUAUACUCUAUCACCAAACGUGUUAUUAUUAUUAUUUUUUAGAAAGUCGAAAAAAGUUUUGUUUUUCUUCUCAGUUCUUGUUUAUCUCACUUAGAGUAGAUGAGUUAUUAGAUGCAGUUAUAAUUUGUGUAAAUACUUUAUAAUGUAGACAAAUUUACUCGCACUAAAAUAAACACGCACACAUAACAAUAAAUAUGUAAUAAUAUUUAAAUUGUAAAUUAUUUUGCCUUUUAUUAUGAUAGGUAUUAUUAUUUUUAUCAUCAACGAUUUAUCUGAGUGUUUAUUUUUACGUUUCAAAUAUUAUUACGCCGAAAAGUGAAUUUGCACUUAAUACAUAGCUGUUUACCGAACGAACCGAAAUUACUUAUUGAAAUGUUCCAGUAUAUUAUCCGUACCUCCAAUUUUUUCGUACAAAAUUUUGAUAUUGUUUAACCUUAUUAAUUCGGCACUCGUCUUAUGAUUAUAAAAAUCGUCUUGAUCGUGGGCAGCAUCUGUUAUUGCGCCUCUGGCGAAACACACGUAUUUCUAUACGCCGAAAGAAAUCUAUGUCAAUGAAUGCUGACAGUAGAAAUAACAGUCGCGGGAUGAGAUCCAAAUCGUUACAAGAUUUGCCUGAAGCCAGUACAAGUGCAGCUGCGCCUACACGUAAAAGACGUAUGCCGAGAUUUUCCUUACGCCGACUUUUGUAUUCAAAUACAUUUUUGGCAAGACAUUUGGGAAGUUCACAAAAUGGCAAACGCCGUACUAUAAUUACCGGUGGUCCUAGUGUAGCAGAUGUAACCGAUUUUGAAAAAGCUCCUUUGGGGUUUGGACAAAACUACAAUGAUCCUAAAAAGGUUACUCCAGUAUGUAAUACCAAAAUUGGUGUUCCAGUUGAUGGUCUAUUAGAGUGUCCAUUAUGUCUAGCCAAAUUUGAUGAAAAUUAUUUUGCCAAAUUGUCAACUUGUAAUCAUCGUUCCUGUUUUGACUGUUUUCAACAAUAUUUACGUAUAGAAAUAUGUGAAUCGCGUGUAAACAUCACCUGUCCAGAGUGUACUGAGGCUAUGCAUCCAAAUGAUAUACAAAGUGUGCUCAAUAAUCUAGCCCUUUAUGAAAAAUAUGAAGACUUUAUGGUACGGAGGGUGUUAGCAGUUGAUCCUGAUACUAGAUAUUGCCCUUCACCUGACUGCAGUUAUGCUGUUAUAGCGGCAGGUUGUGCCAGUUGUCCAAAAAUAAAAUGUGAACGUCCUGGUUGCGAUUCAUACUUUUGUUACCAUUGUAAAGCUGCAUGGCAUCCUAAUCAAACAUGUGAUUCCGCUAGAGCAAAACGAUCAUCUAAUAUGAGAACCUCAUCUUUAACAUUUAGUACAGAUUCACAGUCACGUGAAGACAUUAAGCCAUGUCCUCGUUGCCAGGUUUUAAUUGUAAAAAUGGACGAUGGAUCAUGCAAUCAUAUGACAUGUGCAGUUUGUGGAGCAGAAUUUUGUUGGCUAUGUAUGAAAGUAGUUAGCGAUUUACAUUAUCUUAGUCCUUCAGGUUGUACUUUUUGGGGCAAAAAACCCUGGUCCAGAAAGAAAAAGCUUUUAUGGCAAUUAGGUACAUUGGUUGGAGCUCCAGCUGGUAUUGGUCUAAUCGCAGGAAUUGCAAUACCUGCAAUAAUUAUUGGUGUACCUGUUUGGACUGGACGAAAAAUGUAUACUCGUUAUAGACAUUCAAGUCGAUUAAAACGAAAUUUUGCAAUUGCUGGUGGGGUAUUAGCUGCGUUGAUUGCUGCACCAGUUAUGGCCAGUUUAGCUGUUGGAAUUGGCGUUCCAAUAUUAUUAUUCUAUGUUUACGGUGUAGUUCCAGUAUCUCUGUGUCGCUCAGGUGGCUGUGGAGUUACUACAUCCUCAAAUGGAGUACAUUUUGAUUUUGAUGAAGAGCACAGUGCUCCUAAAACAGUUAAUAUUGAUUACUUCACAACUCCUGAUGGUGAUACUGUUAGUCACGGUGCUGAAAUUGGUAAUCCUUCCAUUGGAGAACCAUCAUUCUGGAAUGAUUGGGAUGGUGAUACUGCAUUGGGAAGAGAUGCUGAUCGAGAAUCUGCAAGUACUGUUGCAUUAGCUGGCAGUUUAUUAGCUCAAAAAGUUGACAAUAGUGAGACGGCGUCGAUGCGUUCUGGCCAUAAAACGUCGGCUGAUGUGAGUGACGAGACACAAUCACAAUCACAACAGCCUCUCAAUUUGUCUCUAAGUUCAUUAGAAGAGUUGACUGCUGGCCUGAUGCGACGGGUAUUGGGAAAUAGUGAUGAAACUGAUACUCCAGCAACAUCAAUUAGAUCACGUGCCACUACUGAAGUGCGUUUUGGCAAUACAGUCAGCAUUAUUUCUCCUCCAGUGAUGGACUCUCAACAAAAUUUUUUACCUCUCAGAGGGUUUGUUAGAAAUUUGCUGUGUAGAGCAUCAAGUGAACUGCCAGCUAGCUCAUGAUGAUACAUUUGUAUUAUGUUUUUAAUGUACCUAUGAAAUUAUACCAUUUACAGGGCUUUAUAUUUUGCUCUCACUUAAACUGGUCUUUCUAUCUUUAGUUUGAUAUUUUCAUUAAUGUUUUGUUUUCAUGUGUUUACUACUAUAUUUGUAUAAUUAAAUAAUUAUUAUAAUUUAUUUAUCAUAAAUAUAUAUACAUAAUUUUUCCUUUAAAGCGACUGUGAUCACUGGGGUUUUAUUACUAUAUUUGUUUGUUUUUUUUUUUUUUUAUCGUUACAUACAAUUAGUAGAUUAUUACUACAACAAAUGUUAACAAUAUAGAAUUUAUUAAUUGUAUGAAGAGAAAAAAUAAAAUAGAAAAAAUUACAUUUUUCUGUAAUCUAA